AUGAGUACCAGCAACGUCCUCCCCCAUCCCUCCCUGCCCUUCCUAACCCCAGAGCAGCCUCCUGUCAACAGCCACCAAAGCAUUCAAACUGAGUUCUUCCCCUCGGUGCCCGCUUCUUACUCGGUGCCCGCUUCUGCCUCGGUGGACGCUUCUCCCUUGGUGCCCGCUCUUUCCUCGGAACCCGUUCUUUCAGUCCAUCCGAUCUCCUUCACCCAAAUUUUCACUACGUCGGUUUCCGGAAGCAUCGCGCCCACAAGUCCCAUAUCCUCACUUCCAACCUCGUUCACUACCAACCUGCCCCAAACCAUCCAGCCUGCCCCUGCCGAAGCCCCACCAAAGCACCCGGAACCCCCGAUCAGCGUCAUCGUCCCCAUCGUCGUAGUGCUCGGUCUCGCGGUCGCAGCCGCGGCGCUAUUCCUGACCAUACGUGCACGCUUGCGUCGGAGACGCCGCCAAGUCACCCAAGACGUCGGCCAUGUUUCAUAUGGCGACCCACAGGGAGACCACGACUCGGCCGUGCGUGACAGCAUUAUGGCGGAGCGCGACACAUCGCGCAUUCCAUCUCUCGCCGUCAGUGUCGUUGGGGGAUGGCGUUCCGCUGGAGCUGAAGGGGGCGGCAGCGUAUCCGGACCAGACGACAGCCCGCGCACUCGACGCCAUAAUGGAUUCCCCGACCUGCGCGUUUCCUCGCCGCGCUCGAAAGCCUCGCAGAGGGACCCAACCAACGCACCCUCGGGCUCUCCUGUCUCCUUCGGAGAGCCGCUCGAGACGCAGGCUCAGCCUCCGCGCAGAGAGACGUCCACGGAGGAUCCGGACACGGUCCUCCUCCGCCUCCCUACCGACUUCGCCCGCGGCCUCAUGGCGCUCGUAGCGGGGGCGAACGUGCGCGGGGUCCGGUACGCGGGCGGGUCGGAGGACGGGCAGGGCUCGGAAGAUCUGCCCGCGUACGAGUCCGAGCCUUCGGCUUCCGAGGUGGACAGGGCUCGAUCCGCUUCUUGA